AAGAAAGCCCAAAAGAAAACCCUUCCACUCCAUCCCAUCUCUCCCCCUCGCCUCUUUCCCCUUCCCAUUUCCAUGGAGUCGUGCAGCUUCCGCACCGCCACCUCUCCUUCGCCGUUCCCCUCGGCUCCGUCCUCCUCCUCGUCCGCUCGCGUGCCGUGCCCCAGUCUCCGGUUCGCCAGAGCAAGAAAUGGGAGGCAGAUGCGGAUGCGGAGGAUGGCGUCGGGUUUUGAUGCCUUCCCACCCCUCCCAGGCAAAGUCUUCGUCGAGGAGACAAUUGGAGCUGAAUAUGGGGAAGGAUUUGAGACUUUCAGGAUGGACGGACCACUCAAUAUCGAUGUGGAUUAUCUAAACGAAAAAUUGCAAGAAUGCUUCCUUCAAAGGAUAAGGCAUGCUAUGAAGCCGGAUGAAGCAUUUGGUCUAAUUUUCUCAUGGGACAAUGUUAUUGCUGACACAGACUCACUAAAGUUGGAUGCUUGGAGACAGCUUGCUUUGGAGGAAGGGAAGGACAUCCCUACUGCUGCUCAUAUCCAAAAGAGUAUUCUUCAUGGUGCUGCUGACCAUGUCCUUAGAAAGGUUUUGUAUUGGGCAAAAGAGGAUGAUCAAAUGGAAAGAUUGAAGGCACGCCUUAUCGAGCUUUACUAUGAAAGCCUCUUUAGACUUGAUACCCCAGUAGAAGGAUUGAGAGAAUGGUUGGAUGCAGUUCGGACAGCAGGUAUACCCUGUGCUGUGGCAUCGUCCCUGGAUAGGAGAUGCAUGGUUGAAGCUUUGGAUAGGAUGUCGUUAAGCAAAUACUUCAAGGCGAUUGUGACCGAUGAGGAUGACAUGGAGUCAAUAGCACAUAGGUUUCUCUCAGCUGCUGUUAAGUUGGAUCGGAAGCCCUCGAAAUGCAUAGUGUUUGAGGAUGACCCAAGAGGCGUUACAGCUGCUCACAACUGCACUAUGAUGGCAGUUUCCCUGAUUGGUGCUCAUCCGGCGUACGAGCUGGAACAAGCGGACCUUGCUGUCGCGAGAUACAGCGAGCUCUCGGUGAUCAACCUCAGAAGGAUGUUUGCACACAAGGGGCUAAGCUUCAUGGACAUGCAGAAGCAGAUAAUUGAGAGGUCACCGCCCAAGAGAAAGCUGACAGUAGACACCAUCUUCUGAUUAACUAUUUUGCUCCGGUUCCCCAUCUUCUGUUCUUGAACCGCUAGCCUGCCUGUGGCUUGCGCACUGUACAUAGUGUUGCAUUGCAUGUGAGUUAGAUAAGAUAGUGGCGUAGUGCUAAUCUUAGCUGAUCCCGUCGUGUUGCACUCGUUCAGAGAUCUCUGAAUGUAGUAGCUGUAUUCAAAAUUACAGGGAGAAAAUUGCCGCCGUUGCUGCUGCAAGCUAAUGGCGGUAUCGAAUUUAUUCAUUAUUUUUAAGUUACAUGGAGAUGACUAUUGCACAUUGCUAA